GGAACAUGAUAAAGAUCCAGAGAGUUUUUUUAAGGUAUUAAUGCAUCUUAAGGACUUAAGACUCAAUUUCCAUGUAUCUGUCCUUGGAGAAACCUUCACAGAUGUCCCAGAUAUAUUUUCAGAGUCCAAAAAGGCACUGGGAUCGUCUGUCUUACACUGGGGUUACUUACCCAGCAAAGAUGACUACUUCUACGUAUUGUGCAUGGCUGACGUUGUCAUCUCAACAGCUAAGCAUGAAUUCUUUGGCGUGGCAAUGUUGGAAGCUGUGUAUUGUGGUUGUUACCCACUUUGUCCCAAAGAUUUGGUGUAUCCUGAAAUAUUUCCAGCUGAAUAUCUGUAUUCUACACCUGAACAGCUUUCAAAAAGGCUCCGGAAUUUCUGCAAGAGACCAGAUAUUGUAAGGAAACAUCUCUAUAAGGGUGAAGUGACUCCUUUUUCCUGGGCAGCCCUACAUGGGAAAUUCAGGUCUCUGCUUACAACAGAACCUAGGGAAGAUUUGUGACAGAUGGGGCUAAGUCACAAACUUGCAGCCUAAGGCAGAAUCUGUAGAACUUUCCAGAGUGUGCCCAUAUUUACCUGAUCAGAGAGAAAAGAAAAUCUGCAGAGGAAGCUGAGCCUGGCUGCUUGUCAUAGCUGACACAGAGCCAUCUGCCACAAACCUGUGGCGGCUUCAGAUCUCCAAUCCCUGCCACCACCCCAACUCAAAUUAAAUACAGAUUCCUAGAGACGUUAUGAUGGUUACACAUGUCCUCGGCAUCACAUGGAGGAGACUGUUCAAAAAAAAUAUGUGGCCUGUUGUAUAACCGCACUCAUGUAUCCCAUAUGUGGUGCCACAUUGAAUUUCCGGUUGAAUCCGUUUUUAUCCUUUGUACUGGAUGACAUGGUGCCUGAAUUCUUUCUUUUCGCCGACACGAUGGCAGCCAAACUGCAGCUUCAAACGCUCGCACUUGGCUGAGUUUCUACCUAGGUUGCCAGGUUAUCAUCGGAGCCUUCUUGUGUCCUCAAAGGGCCACAGGGUCUGAAAGGAGGAUCAGAAUGCUAUGGGACUAAUUGGGCAGCCAUCUCAGAAUUGUUUAUGGCAAAGGGCUGCUUGAGCACUUUUCUUUUAGCAAAUUAAUGACUCUGGCACAGGGGUUUGUAAGUGAAGGUAUUAAUAAGGGGCCUGGCAGGUACUCCCAUGAUUCACAGAGUUACAUUUGCAUUUAAUUUAUCUUAAAGAAAGUUGCAAGAUAAACAGCUGUAAUUCGAACAAACAUGGGAAAUGCACUGAGUGCAGCCACCUUGCCCAUAAAAGGAACACUGAGAUACUUAUUUUAAUUUUUUUUCAUGGGUUAAAAUAGAGAAAUCAAAAUACUUCUAACAAAACCAGUAAUUUUGACAUAAAUAUUCCUUGAAUAUAUUUGGAUCCAGCUACACAUAUAAUAUUUUCAAGAUAAAUCACUUAUGAUUCCAACUGUCAAGCUGCUGUAUUUGUUGAUAUAAAGAUGUUUUGAAUGGCUAGAUUGUAAAAUAAAUUUUUAAUAAAGUGCCCUCUGCCAUUUUUAAUUAA